AUGAUUUCUUCGGUAGCGAAAAUCCAUAACCGUCAUAUAUACGGUAAAGAUGCCCACACGUACUAUCCUGUCCUGGCGAUUGGGGCAGGCGAGUCCGGAAUCGCCACUGGAUGUCGGCUGAAAGAGGCGCUGGGCUUCGAUCAGUUUAGAAUCUUCGAAAGGCAGUCGGGCAUUGGAGGGACUUGGUGGAGCAACCGCUACCCGGGGGUAGCUUGUGAUGUACCGGCCCUACUAUACUCGUUCUCGUUCGCUCCAAAGAAAGACUGGACCACGCUGCGCCCUCCUGGUCCAGAGAUCGCUCAGUACCUGGCCGAUGUUUGCGAGAAAUUUGCCAUCGUCGACAAGAUCCAGCUCAACACCGACGUGAAAGAAAUGCGCUGGCUGGAAGGUGCUGAAGAGUGGGAAGUUACACUGUCCCACCUCGUUCCUGGCACCGGGGACUUGUCCCAGGAGGAACGAGAUGCCCUAGUGAUUCGAGAGGGCGAGCGCAGCGUGUAUGUCAAGACUGAGGUUGUGCGAGCCAAAAUUGUUGUCAGCGGUGUGGGCUGCCUGGUGGAGCCAAAGACAUGGCCAAAGAACAUUCCAGGGAUCGAGACUUUUGAGGGUAGAGUGGUUCACACUGCUCGGUGGAAGGAGGAUAUUGACCUGGAAGGGAAGAACGUGGUCGUUGUUGGCUCUGGCUGCAGUGCCGCGCAGGUCGUACCUGUGCUCACCAGACCAGAGUCGAAAGUCAAGUCCGUCACGCAGCUCAUGAGGUCCCCUCCAUGGUUUAUGGCAGAAUUUUUGUCAGUCGAUGCACUUGAUAAAUGGGAGAAAUAUACGCCGUCACUUUUCAGGAAUGUCCCGGGUCUCACGUUCAGCGCAAGAGCUUUGUUGUUCUUUCGGCUGGAGUGGGAUUUUAUCAGGAUCUUCAAGGACAACGGUCUUGCCCGGCGGCUUCGAUCCAAACUGGAGAGGGAGUUCCUGGAGCACAUGCACAGUAAUGCACCCGAGAAGUAUCACGAGAUCCUGACGCCCAACUACAGCCUCGGUUGCAAGCGGCGAAUUGUCGAAUCGCACUACUUUGACAGUAUACAUGCGCCCAACUUUGAACUGACGACGAUGCCCCUGGCUAGCGUACAGGCCAAAGGCGUGACGUUAGGACCAGGAAAAGUCUAUCCUCCAGAUGUUAUUAUUCUGGCCAACGGAUACGAGACCAAUAAAUGGCUUCAUCCCCUGCGAGUCGUCGGCAGGGGCGGCCGAACGCUAGACGAGAUCUGGGAGGAGCGCGGAGGAGCACAGGCGUACUUAGGCAUUGCCAUGGAUCACAUGCCGAAUCUCUUUCUUUCCUUUGGCCCCAAUACCGCGACAGGUCACACAAGUGUGAUUUUCGCGAUCGAGAAUGCCAUCAACUACUCGCUGAACUUUAUCAAACCCAUUCUGGACGGGCACGUCAGUACCUUUGAGGUGACGGAAGAGGCCGAGCGGCGAUGGACCGAUAAGGUCCAAAAGAGUCUUCAAAGCACCGUGUUCCGACGAGGCGCCUGCACAAGCUGGUAUCAGUCCGAUGAGGGUUGGAAUUCAUCCACCUAUCCGUUCACCCAGAUCGACUACUACUUCAGAUGCACAUUCCCUGUGUGGCACCACUGGACUGCCAGAUACACUCCGAAAGGUCUCGCAGCUCAGAGGGUUCGAUCUGGGCUCAAGAAGGUAGCCCUGUUGGCAAUCGCUACCGGUUUGUUCUGGUUGACGAAGCGUCCGCAGGAUAUCAAUCUAUUGAUUCAGUUGGCUGUUGGUCUCCGAGGCUCGAUAAUUACGGGUAUUCGAGAUGGUUUGCUGCAUGUUCAUCGGAUGCUCUCAUAA